CUCCUUUCUUUGAUGGUACUAAUUAUAAUUAUUAAAAGAAUAGGAUGAAGGUGUACAUGCUUGCAAAUGAGCCUAAGGCAUGGAUUGUGACUAUGAAAGGUUCAUAUGUGCCCAUAAAAGUUGUUGGAGAAAAUGAGGUGCCAAAGGAAGAAGUUGAAUGGCAUGAUGAAGACUUGGGAAAGAUCAUGAUCAACAACAAAGCAAUCAACAUGAUUCAAUGUGCUCUCAACCCAAUGGAAUUCCAUAAAGUUUUCAAGUGUAAUACGGCUAAAGAGAUGUGGGAUAAGUUAGAAGUAACACAUGAAGGAACAAGCCAAGUGAAGGAGUCAAAAAUCAAUAGACUCAAUCACAUGUAUAAGCUUUUCAAUAUGAAACCAGAGGAGAGCAUUCAAGAUAUGUAUAGAAGAUUGAAUGAUAUAGUCACAAAUUUCAAGGCUCUUGGUAAAGUUUAUCCUUCUCAAGAAGUGGUGAGGAAGGUUCUUAGAAGCUUGCCUAAGAAUUGGGAAGCCAAUAAGACCACAAUUGAAGAGUCUAAGGAUCUCAACACCCUUAAGCUUGAUGAUCUCAUUGGAAAAUUGAUGACAUAUGAGAUGGAUAUUCAAGUUGAUGGUCGAGUUAAAUCUAGCAAUGAGGAAGACAUCACCAAAUUGGUUUCAAAGGAAGUGAAGAAAUACAUGAAGAAGAGCCUCAAAGGGAAAUCCUUUAGAAGAAACAAGGAAAUUCACUAUUCUAGAGGAAGAAUAUCUAGUGAUAAUGACGAUGAUAAAGGAAAGCCAAGUAAGAAACAUAUCAAAUGCUAUGAGUGCAACAAGAUGGGACAUUAUAGAAAUGAAUGCCCUCAAUUGAAGAAGGGUGAGAGGAAAGACAAGAAGAGCAUGAAAAAGAAAGCUUUUGCCACCACUUGGAGUGAUAAUGAGACUAGCUCAACAGAAAGUGAAAGCUCCUUGGAGAAUGGUGUUGCAAAUCUUUGCUUGAUGGCUCAAGACGAUAACUACAAUGAUAAGAAGGUAAAUUCCAACUUCUCUAGUUCAAUUAAUGAAAGUUCCUUUGAGCAUUCAUAUGAUGAUUUAUGCAAAGUUCUUGAUUGCUCUAUUAAUGAUAUCAAGAGACUAGGGAAUGAGAAUCUAGCACUUACUAAAUCUAUCUCUUGGCUUAAAGAUUAGCUUGAAUCUCUUUCAAAACAAAAUAAGGUUUUAGUUAAAGAGAAUACCUCUUUAAAAGUUGAGAUUGCAUCUUUAAAAGAUGACAAAUCUAGUAAUGCUUUGAAAAAGGAAAAUGAAAACUUCAAAAAGAAAGUUUGUGAUCUUGAGAAUGUGAUUUCUAAAUUUACCUUGAGUAAAGAAAAAUUUGAUUC